CUUUUCUCGGCUCGGAUAAGCAGGCGGUCUACGACACGGAGCACAUUGGCAUGCAGGAGAUCUUUGACCUGGACUACACGAACUUCAACACUGUGGACCACGUAGAAAGCCACCGAGGAGAGCUGCAUCAAACUGGCGGUGCGGAUCGAACGAGCGGCGCACCUCAAAGGAAAACUCCUGCAUCAAUUCCGACCACGUUCCGUAAAACGAGUAGCGAGAUGGAGUUCCGAGAGAAGCGGAAACAGCGGUUUUUGGAGUACGUUGGCGUCUUAGACUACGUCAAUUUCCCGGAUUGGGCGGUGAACGAACUGCGCAUUGCGCUGAACUUAGCUGAUGCAGAAGAAGUGAUGAAAAAGGAGGGCGCAGUCCUGCUCGACAAGCCGAGCGUCAAGCGGGAGGAGCGGGAGAAGAGGAUCAAGGAAUUGAGGGAGCAGAUUGCAGAACUAACUGCACCGGCGAAGGAACAGCAGCAG